GUCUGCAGGGUUUGGACCAGCAACAGGAAGCCCCCUGACCUCUGUGGGCCAUCCGGUCCUAACCAGGAUGGCCCCCCCAGUACCUCCUCGUCCAGUACAGCAGUCCUACCGUCCAUCCUACAGCUCCUUGUCCUCCUACAGCCCGUACAGCAGCUCCUUCUACGGUGGUGGCUACAGCCCCUACCCGUACGGCAGCAGCUAUGGUCUGGGGGCCUACAGACACUUCCCCCACACAGAGGAUGUUGCCCCCAGUCGCUUUGUGCAGCAGGCUGAGGAGAGCAGCCGUGGUGCCUUUCAGUCCAUAGAAAGCAUCGUGCAGGCCUUUGCUUCGGUCAGCAUGAUGCUGGACGCCACCUUCUCGGCGGUCUACAACAGUUUUCGAGCUGUUCUGGACGUGGCCAACCACCUGAGCAGGCUGCGUGCAGACCUCACCAGAGUCCUGUCAGCCUUUGCUUUGGUGCGAACGCUGCGCUACCUGUACCGCUGGCUGCGGCGGCUGCUGAGGAGCUCAGGGGGGGAUGUUGAAGACUUGUGGGCUGACAGUAUGAGUGAUGCUGUCCCUGCAGCCUCCUCCAGGCCUGACGGGUCCAAGGAGCAGAGUGUCAAGUCCUGGCCAAUCUUCCUGUUCUUUGCUGUGGUCCUGGGUGGUCCCUACCUCAUCUGGAAACUGCUCAGCUCCAGCUCAGGCUCUGAAGACCACCCCUCUAACUGGGCCAGCGGGGAGGACGACCAUGUUGUAGCUCGAGCAGAGUACGAUUUCUCAGCUGCUUCUGACGAGGAGAUCUCUGUUCGGGCAGGAGAUGUUCUCAACCUGGCUCCUAAAGAACAACAGCCUCGGGUUCGUGGCUGGCUGCUGGCCAGUGUGGACGGUCAGACCACAGGACUCGUCCCUGCCAACUACGUGAAGGUCCUCGGCAGGAGGAGAGGCCACAAAGCUGCUGAUGUGCAGAGGCUGGUCCAGACCACACAGCCCUCUGAAGCAGCAGCCAGAGACCAGAUCCAGGACCCCCCCACAGCCUCCAACACGGCCCCUGCAGAGCAGCUGCUGGAGUCGGUGUACGCAGGAAGCCCCGCCUCCUUCCAGGUGGAGACAUCAGACUCCAACAGGUCCUGUGAUGCAGCGCUGACCCUUCCUGAGAAGACCGACCUGUGAUGAUGGUGCAUGCAUGUGUAGCAUUGCAUCAGUGCCAGGAGGUCAGCACUCAGUGCUCAGGUUCACCUGUGCAGGUGGACCUUUAGUCACCUGCUAGAAUACAGGUGGGAACACAGUGGAGCUGUUAGAAACACCUGCUCACAUGGUGUCAGCUUGGCUCCGUGUUUUCUCUUUACAUUUCUUCUGUCACUCUUUGGAUGUGGUUCGUGGACCGUAUGGUUGACCAGGUGUGCUCAGGUGACCCUGGGAAGGCUGCUCAGUCUCAGCUCUGCUCCAUGGUUCGACUCACACACCUGGAUCUUUUUGCACAUUUGCAUAAGUUGAUUUGUAACGACAUCAUUUAGCAAAUAUUUAACAGGAUUAUUUUGAAAAUAAAUCUUUUCAGAAUCA